AUGGUUUCUUUCACAUCCAUCUUCACCGCUGCCGUCGCGGCCACUGGUGCUCUGGCCGUCCCGGUCACUGCCGUCCCGGUCACUGACCUUGCUACCCGCUCGCUCGGUGCGUUGACUGCACGUGCUGGCACCCCCUCUUCCCAAGGAACCAACAACGGCUGCUUCUACAGUUGGUGGACCGACGGCGGUGCUGAGGCUACCUACACCAACGGCGCUAAGGGAAGCUACACCGUCUCCUGGAAGACUGGUGGAAACCUCGUCGGAGGAAAGGGCUGGAACCCUGGUGCCGCACGCACCAUCACCUACUCCGGCACCUACAAGCCCAACGGCAACUCCUACCUCGCUGUUUACGGCUGGACCCGCAACCCCUUGAUCGAGUACUACGUUGUCGAGAACUUUGGCACCUACGACCCCUCCUCGCAGGCCACAGUCAAGGGCUCCCUGACCUCCGACGGUUCCACCUAUAAGAUCGCUCAGACCCAGCGCGUCAACCAGCCCUCCAUCGACGGCACCCAGACAUUCAACCAGUACUGGUCUGUCCGCCAGAACAAGCGCAGCUCUGGUUCCGUCAACAUGAAGACCCACUUCGACGCCUGGGCCGCCAAGGGCAUGAAGCUCGGCUCGCACAACUACCAGAUCGUCGCCACUGAGGGCUACUUCUCCAGCGGCAGCUCUUCGAUCACUGUCAACUGCGCUUAA